UGGUGGUAGCCAGCGUUGUGCAUAUCUGUUUGUUAAUUGUUAUCAUACACCACUAAGUGAGACGAGCACGAUGGAGAACGGCGAGGUGCGCUUCCUCCCGAUCUGCAGCUGCGGCGGCAGCAGCGGGGGCAACGCGUUCGCUCGGCCAGAGCAGGGGAGGAAGAAGCGCGUGCGGCCAUGGACAGAGGAGGAGCACAAGUUGUUUCUCUUAGGCCUGAAGAAAUAUGGCAAGGGGGACUGGAGGAACAUAUCGCGCAACUUCGUUCAGACAAGGACGCCUACUCAGGUGGCCUCUCAUGCACAGAAGUACUUCAUCAGGCUCAACAAGAAAAGAUCCAGCAUUCGCGACACUACCACAGUUAACCUGACGGACGAUCAGCCAACCUCGCCAUCCCAGUCCUCUCUGAUCACUGACCAGUUCAGCGCACUAGCUCUGGCAACCGACGUUAACCAAAACAGCCGUGCGAAUUCGCCCUCGAUCGAAUUAGCCUAGAUGGCCGGACUAUUGGGAUAAGCCAACUUAAAAAAAAGUGGGAUGGGGUUUGCAAGAUCUAGUUCUGCAGUGUGGCUCAUUGAUAUGAUCAGUUGGAUGGAAGCCAGAACAUGUUGUUUUUAGGUGCAAUCCAGUCUGCACCAUGAAUCUAUCAGAUGUUUAGUUGUAUAUAAAUAUAAUACGUACAAUCUGGAGAGGCCGGGAGUGUUUUCAAGUUUGCUGUAUCGUCUUGAUGUAAUAAACUUUAAAUUUAAUAAAAUCUUCCUUUAUGGAAGAAAAAGAA